UCUUGAGCUAUACUCCCCCACAGGCUGAAUUAUAGCUCUCCUACCAGUCCCACGGCGCUGAAUGAUGUCAUGGGAUCUGCAGUUCAGCGAGAUGAAAGGGAUAAAGCAGAACCCGCUGGCACUAGGAAAAGCUUCCAACACACAGUCCACAACACAGCUUGGGAACCAAAAAAGCUACAGAUCCAGCCACUCAGCCCAAGCAUGGGAGAACUACCAGCAUUGCCUCAUUGCAAAAAAGAGGAGGAAAACAACGUGAUCCAUGUUUAACAAAAGAAUCUGUGGACUAGGAGGCGGGAGGGUAACUACCUGCUGAAAGUGAACUUUCUUGAUAUCCAUGCAUAUAUAUAAACUCAGCCCUGCCUUUGAUGUUCAGCAACUGAUCACUGAUCAGAUUACAGGCAUUUCAUCUCCCUGCUCGUCUGCCUUUGAUCUGCAUGGUUAAUUUUAUUUUCCUGGAUUUGAAGUUUCGUCUGGGCUUGUGCUGACAUACAUUUUUGGGAAGGUAGAAGCAUUUGGCACAGAAGUGCUGCCAGGAGAAACUAAGUUGCUGAACGGCAAAACUGCCCAGUGAGUCCCUGGCCCUGGCCCCGCCUCGCACGCGCUGGUGCUACAGCUGUGGUGCAGACGCCCUUCCGCUGCGAGGGUGCGGCCGUCUCCGGGCGAGUGCUUCCCGGCCUGCAGGAGGCGAACUCGGGCUUCCCCGGGAGGCGUCCGUGGGAACGCGCACCUGCGAGUCCCUGCCGGCUGAGGAGCCGAGGUCUGCGACCUCUGCAGACCUGGCUGCCGUAUCCCCUCUGGGUGGGAUGCGGGCCCACGCGGGAAAGGCUGAAAGGUGGGGAACACCCCGGCGGAAAGGAACCCUCCCUCUCUGCUCUGAAGGAAAGUUUCCCAACACAGCCAUGUUCUUGGUGGUCUCCGGUCCCCCAUCCCCAAGCCCCCAGUCAGCCUCACACUCAUCCGCUUCAGUAGCCGCGGAGUGGGGGCCUCCAAAGAACCCAACUGCAGAGCAAGUCCGGCUGACGCAGUGUGGGCUGGGGGCGGGGCUCUGGACGGGGGCGGAGCCACGGCGAGGGCUGCGGUGAGGGCGGGGCCCGGGUGGGCGGUGCCCUGGGCGGGGCUCCUGGUGGGCGGGGCUCUGGGGUGGCGGCCGUUGCCGGGCUACGGGAGAGCGCGGAGCCCUGCGCGGGGAGGUGCACGGCGUGCACGCUGGACUGGACCCCCGUGCAACCCCGCGCCCUGUGCCUUAACCAGGACUGCGCCGCGCGCCCCUGAGCCUCGGGCUCCGGCCCGGACCUGCAGCCUCCCAGGUGGCUGGGAAGAACUCUCCAACAAUAAAUACAUUUGAUAAGAAAGAUGGCUUUAAAAGUGCUACUAGAACAAGAGAAAACGUUUUUCACUCUUUUAGUAUUACUAGGCUAUUUGUCAUGUAAAGUGACUUGUGAAACAGGAGACUGUAGACAGCAAGAAUUCAGGGAUCGGUCUGGAAAUUGUGUUCCCUGCAACCAGUGUGGGCCAGGCAUGGAGUUGUCUAAGGAAUGUGGCUUCGGCUAUGGGGAGGAUGCACAGUGUGUGACGUGCCGGCUGCACAGGUUCAAGGAGGACUGGGGCUUCCAGAAAUGCAAGCCCUGUCUGGACUGCGCAGUGGUGAACCGCUUUCAGAAGGCAAAUUGUUCAGCCACCAGUGAUGCCAUCUGCGGGGACUGCUUGCCAGGAUUUUAUAGGAAGACGAAACUUGUCGGCUUUCAAGACAUGGAGUGUGUGCCUUGUGGAGACCCUCCUCCUCCUUACGAACCGCACUGUGCCAGCAAGGUCAACCUCGUGAAGAUCGCGUCCACGGCCUCCAGCCCACGGGACACGGCGCUGGCUGCUGUUAUCUGCAGCGCUCUGGCCACCGUCCUGCUGGCCCUGCUCAUCCUCUGCGUCAUCUAUUGUAAGAGACAGUUUAUGGAGAAGAAACCCAGCUGGUCUCUGCGGUCGCAGGACAUUCAGUACAACGGCUCUGAGCUGUCGUGUUUUGACAGACCUCAGCUCCACGAAUAUGCCCACAGAGCCUGCUGCCAGUGCCGCCGUGACUCAGUGCAGACCUGCGGGCCGGUGCGCUUGCUCCCAUCCAUGUGCUGUGACGAGGCCUGCAGCCCCAACCCGGCGACUCUUGGUUGUGGGGUGCAUUCUGCAGCCAGUCUUCAGGCAAGAAACGCAGGCCCAGCCGGGGAGAUGGUGCCGACUUUCUUCGGAUCCCUCACGCAGUCCAUCUGUGGCGAGUUUUCAGACGCCUGGCCUCUGAUGCAGAAUCCCAUGGGUGGUGACAACAUCUCUUUUUGUGACUCUUACCCUGAACUCACUGGAGAAGACAUUCAUUCUCUCAAUCCAGAACUUGAAAGCUCAACGUCUUUGGAUUCAAAUAGCAGUCAAGAUUUGGUUGGUGGGGCUGUUCCAGUCCAGUCUCAUUCUGAAAACUUUACAGCAGCUACUGAUUUAUCUAGAUAUAACAACACACUGGCAGAAUCAGCAUCAACUCAGGAUGCACUAACUAUGAGAAGCCAGCUAGAUCAGGAGAGUGGCGCUGUCAUCCACCCAGCCACUCAGACGUCCCUCCAGGAAGCUUAAAGAACCUGCUUCUUUCUGCAGUAGAAGCGUGUGCUGGAACCCAAAGAGUACUCCUUUGUUAGGCUUAUGGACUGAGCAGUCUGGACCUUGCAUGGCUUCUGGGGCAAAAAUAAAUCUGAACCAAACUGACGGCAUUUGAAGCCUUUCAGCCAGUUGCUUCUGAGCCAGACCAGCUGUAAGCUGAAACCUCAAUGAAUAACAAGAAAAGACUCCAGGCCGACUCAUGAUACUCUGCAUCUUUCCUACAUGAGAAGCUUCUCUGCCACAAAAGUGACUUCAAAGACGGAUGGGUUGAGUUGGCAGCCUAUGAGAUUGUGGACAUAUAACAAGAAACAGAAAUGCCCUCAUGCUUAUUUUCAUGGUGAUUAUGGUUUUACAAGACUGAAGACCCAGAGUAUACUUUUUCUUUCCAGAAAUAAUUUCAUACCACCUAUGAAAUAUCAGAUAAAUUACCUUAGCUUUUAUGUAGAAUGGGUUCAAAAGUGAGUGUUUCUAUUUGAGAAGGACACUUUUUCAUCAUCUAAACUGAUUCGCAUAGGUGGUUAGAAUGGCCCUCAUAUUGCCUGCCUAAAUCUUGGGUUUAUUAGAUGAAGUUAACUGAAUCAGAGGAAUCAGACAGAGGAGGAUAGCUCUUUCCAGAAUCCACACUUCUGACCUCAGCCUUGGUCUCAUGAACACCCGCUGAUCUCAGGAGAACACCUGGGCUAGGGAAUGUGGUCGAGAAAGGGCAGCCCACUGCCCAGAAUUAACGCAUAUUGUAGAGACUUGUAUGCAAAGGUUGGCAUAUUUAUAUGAAAAUUAGUUGCUAUAGAAACAUUUGUUGCAUCUGUCCCUCUGCCUGAGCUUAGAAGGUUAUAGAAAAAGGGUAUUUAUAAACAUAAAUGACCUUUUACUUGCAUUGUAUCUUAUACUAAAGGCUUUAGAAAUUACAACAUAUCAGGUUCCCCUACUACUGAAGUAGCCUUCCGUGAGAACACACCACAUGUUAGGACUAGAAGAAAAUACACAAUUUGUAGGGGUUUGGAUGAAGCAGCUGUAACUGCCCUAGUGUAGUUUGACCAGGCCAUUGUCGUGCUCCUUCCAAUUGUGUAAGAUUAGUUAGCACAUCAUCUCCUACUUUAGCCAUCCGGUGUUGGAUUUAAGAGGACGGUGCUUCUUUCUAUUAAAGUGCUCCAUCCCCUACCAUCUACACAUUAGCAUUGUCUCUAGAGCUAAGACAGAAAUUAACCCCGUUCAGUCACAAAGCAGGGAAUGGUUCAUUUACUCUUAAUCUUUAUGCCCUGGAGAAGACCUACUUGAACAGGGCAUAUUUUUUAGACUUCUGAACAUCAGUAUGUUCGAGGGUACUAUGAUAUUUUGGUUUGGAAUUUCCCUGCCCAAGUCACUGUCUUUUAACUUUUAAACUGAAUAUUAAAAUGUAUCUGUCUUUCCUAGUACGUUUUUAUCUUCUCAUGUAUUAUCCAUGGUUUUCUCUGUUUGUGAGAGAUUAGUAAAAUUUAAUGAGCCCUCUUUCUUGUGGCCGUUUCUCCAUAGUUUUAGGUUUUGAUAUGUGUUUACUAGCUUGCCUGUGUCUGGUACAUCUCAUGACCUCAAUUCCCUCACCUGAAAUAGGAAAUGAGAAUGUUUCAUUGUAGCCCCAAGCGGUCAUGUCAACCUCGUGCCUAGUCAUAAUUAAUUGACUUUUCCUGUAUUACUUCUUUUUUUAAGUAUAAACCAAUGAUCCUUUGGUAGUCAAGAACUCUUAGGAACAUUGCCUUUUGGACAUGUAAAAUAUUUAGGAUUUGACCACACAAUGGCUAUGAAAAUGCAAGUAGUUUCCUCGCGUGACCUCACCAUGAUUCACAUACGUGCCACUGUUUGCAAUCUGGUCUGUUUGCAUUUCUGUUAUGACAGAGAGAUGAUGUUUGCAUUUCUGUUAUGACAGAGAGAUGAUGAAAGUAGGCAGGGCUGUGUUCCUUUGUGUAGCCUGUAUAUAUUUUCCAUAUGUAGAGCCCUGAUUAACUUCAAGGACAAACACUGGCUGGAGAAAGCCAGACUGAUGGGAAUGAGACUUUGGCCAAAAAUCCCAAAACAUCAUUUUCAAUCAGUAGAGAAGUGCUUAGGGUUGAAAAUUGAUUUCAUUUGCUACUGAAUUUGGUAAAUCCUGGGUAACUUUUAUCAAGAUGAAGACAUUUUACCCUACCUACUCUAGAAAUAUACAACGUUAUAUUUUACACUCCUUGUAAACAUUUGAGGAAAAAAAUGCAAUUUGCACUUCACUUUGUUGGAAUAUCCCAUAGCACUCAAUAAACUCAGCUGCUAGAGUGCCGAUGUCAGGAAGACUGCAUCGGGUAAUGUGUGUGGCUGAAUGGGCAUAACCACUGUGGCUUCUUGUGCUGCAGAAGCUCGUUGACAAGACUGAGGAGGAUUUCAAGAGCAACCAAGUAAAGUCAUGCAUUUUCUAAUUUUGUGUAUAUGGAAUAUAUUUUUAAAUAGAGAUUUUUCUACUUUAGAUAAUGUGUUAAUAUUGCUAUUACCUAGGUUAAGCACUAUUGUCUGUGCUAGUAAGAAAAAAAAGGAAAUGAAAACCAUCAUUGCUUUAAAAUAGCUUAUAUCAAUUUAGAUUUCAUCAUUACUAUUUUGCAUACUGGAAUUUAUAAAUGUGUAAAUUAUCAUUUUCUUAGUUUUGUAAUACCUUUUUUAUUUGUGAAUAAAAUUAUCACCUGGUAUUCUUA